AUGAGCGAAGAAAUCAAAGAAAAUACCGAUGUUCAAUCUGAUGAUAACAAACAACAAGAUGAAAAAUCCGAAGAAAAAAUUCGAAAAGUAUCAAUUAGUGAUGAAGACGAAAAUGAACUACCACUUUCAACACCUAAUGGUCGUGAAACUCCAUCCGCAGUAUCAUUUUCUGAUGUAAUUAUUCAAAAACAAGAUGAAGAAUUACCUAUGACUGAAGAAAAUCAUACUUUUAAUGAUACACAACAACUUCUUGAAAUUAUAUCUGAUAAAUCAAAUAAAGAAGCAACUACAACUUUAUUAAAUACGCUUGUCGAUGGAGAUUUUGAUUUAGAUAAAAAUUAUAUUAUUCAAAAACCAGAAAAUCUAUCAAAAAUAUUUUCUAUAUUUAAUAAAAUGUCAUCAUCAUUACAAGCUGAAAUUCUUAGUGUAUUAAUUGGUAUAAUGCGUAAAAGUGAACGAAAUUUAUUAGCAUGUAUUGAUGCAAAUAUAUAUGAUAAAUUAUUUGAAAUUUUAAAUGAUAUUGAUAAUAUUGUAGCAGAUUUAUUAGUUGAUAUAUUAACUGUAAUAACAUCAUUAACAAUAAAUGUUAAUCAACUUAAAAUUCUUUUACGUUAUUUAAAAACAGAAAAUAAUAUUUGGAAAAAACAUGCAGUUAAAUUAUUACAUACAUUUAAAAGUUUUCCACAACGACAUGGACCUGAUGAAUUUUUUAAUUUUCCUGGUCGAAAUGAUUCCGGUCUAGUUUUACCACCAAUUAAAACAUGGCCAUAUCAAAAUGGUUUUACUAUUUCAACAUGGUUUCGUAUUGAUCCAGUUGCCAAUAGUGUUAUUGAAAAAGAAAAACCUUAUCUAUAUUGGUUUUGUACAUCAAAAAGUCAUGGUUAUACAGCACAUUUUGUAGGCAAUUGUCUUGUUAUUUCAUAUACAAAACCAAAAGAAAAAAAUUUUCAACAUUGUAUACAAUUUGAAUUUAAAUCACGAGAGUGGUAUAUGAUAACAUUUGCUCAUCAAUAUCAACGUUGGGCUAAAAGUAGUAUUCAAUGUCAUAUAAAUGGUCAACUUGUAUCAACUGCUUAUUUUCCUUGGAGUAUUGAAAGUGGUGAUAUAUUUGAUAAAUGUUAUAUAGGUUGUACACCUGAUCAUAAUGAUUUAACAAGUUUUUCUGGUCAAUUAUCAACAUUUUAUUUAUUCAGUAUAUAUUUAGAACCAUUAAUUGUUCAAGGUCUUUAUAAAUUAGGACCUGCAUAUAGAAAUCAAUUUAAAUUUGAAAAUGAAAGUGCUCAUAUGCUUACAGAUGCACAACGAAAAGCUAUGUAUGAUGGAAAAUUAAUGAAUUCAAUUGUGUUUAAUUAUAAUCCUGUUUCAUGUGAAGAACAACUUGUUUUACAAACAGGUCCAAAAACAAACAUAUCUCAUUUCGUUCAUAAUGCUCAUGCACAAAUGUUAAGUAAUGUUCGAUCUGUUGUAGCACGUUCAAUUUAUUCAACAUUACAUUCUAUUGGUGGUGUACAAGUAUUUUUUCCAUUAUUUGCCCAAUUAGAUCAUCAACAAAGUGAUGGAUCAAUAAAUUAUGAUGUUUGUUCCAUUCUUCUUUUUACUUUAUGUGAAUUAAUUGAACGUUCAUAUACAAUUCAACAUCAAAUGCUUAGUUCAAAAGGUUUUCUUAUGAUUGGUUAUUAUCUUGAAAAGUCAUCAAAACAACAUAUCAAUAUGGAUGCAUUAAAUUCUUUAAUAUCUUUAAUAACAUUUUUUAUUAAAGUUCAAAGCAAAAAUAGUCCAAUAUUAUUAAAACAAUUAUUUACGCAUAUUUUUUUCAAUCCAUCUAUUUGGAUAAAUUGUUCCGUUCUUAUUCAAAUGAGAUUAUAUACAUAUUUAGCAACAGAAUUUGUUGCUUAUAAUGAAACAUAUCAAUCAAUUCAACCAAUUAGUGGAAUUAUUCAAACAUUGCAUACACUUAAAUAUUUUUAUUGGAUUGUCGAUCCUAGUCGUCGAAAUGGUUAUAAAUCAAAAAUUUCAGACGAAAAUCGACCAACACGUGAACAAAUUAUUGAAAUGCGAUGUUAUAUGUUAUUAUAUAUGAAACAACUUGUUAUAAGUAGUCCAGGUACACAAGAAGAAGAACUUCAAGCUAUACUUAAUUAUCUUCAUACAAUAAAUGAAGAUGAAAAUCUACUUGAUGUAUUAGAUUUAGUUGUAAGUCUUAUGUCAGAACAUCCAAAAACAAUGGUACCAGCAUUUGAUCGUCGACAAGGAUUAAGAACUGUAUUUAAAUUAUUAUCAAGUAGUAGAGAAACAAUUCGUUUACAAGCUUUAAAAUUAUUAGGAUUUUUUCUUCAACGAAGUACAAUUAAACGUAAAACAGAUUCCAUGCAACCACAUAAUCUAUUUUCAUUAUUGACUGAUAGACUUUUACUUCAUCCAAAUGGUUUUACAAUGUCAACUUAUAAUAUUUUAUUUGAAAUAAUUGUGGAAAAAGUCAGUGGACCAAUUGUUGAAAAACGUAGUGUAGAAAUUACUAGUGAUUGGAAAAUUGAAAAUCCAGCAAUGAUCAAAGUAAUAGCAACAUUACUUCGAAAUUCACCAGAUAAUAUUCAUUUAUAUGAUAUUAAAUCUCGUUUUCUUGAUGAUAUGAUUUUACUUUCAUCAGCAAGUCGAGAAAAUCGAAGAAUUAUUUUACAAAUUUCUGUUUGGCAAGAAUAUUUACUUGGUCUUGCUUAUGUUUAUCCAUCAAAUGAACAACAAAUUGCUGUAACUGAUCGAGUUUUUGAAUUAUUAAAAGUUUUAUUACAUCAUGCUAUUAAAUUUGAAUUUGGUGGAUGGAGAGUUUGGAUUGAUACACUUUCAAUUUUACAUGGACGAGUAACAAAAGAAGACUAUUAUCGAAAGAUUAAUAAAAUGGUUGAAAAUAUGAAAGAUGAUGAUGAAAAUGAUCAAAAAACACCGGUUUCUACACCGACAACAAGCGGUCCAGAAACACCAAUCGAUGGACAAUCGGUUACAACACUAACCAAAUCUACUUCAAAUCGUCAAGUAUUCAAUAAAACUAAUCAAUUACCACCAUUUACAAUCUCGGAAUUUAAAUAUUCUCCAAUGCAUAUUCGUCUGUUACAUAGUGUUUUCGAUUCAAUCGAAACAGAUGUUCGUGCAUGGAAAUCUGAAUCAACUAAACCAAUAACUGAUUUUAUUAAUCAUUCAGAUUAUCAAAUAUUUUGUGCUAAUGUUGUACAUAUUAUUUCUCAAAUGUCAGAAAUUUUAUGUAAUGCAUGUGGUGGUCUUUUACCAUUACUUGCUAGUGCAACAUCAGCAUCACAUGAAAUCGAAAUAUUAGAAAAUACCGAAGGUUUAUCACCAUUGAAUGCAAUUAAAAUAUUAAAACGUGUUAUGAGUUUAGCAGAUUUAUUUAUUCUUGCAAAUAGUUCAAAUUUUUCUGAACUUGAACAAGAAAAAAAUAUGCCAACUGGAGGAAUUUUAAGACAAUGUCUUCGUUUAACAAUGACAACAGCUGUUCGUCAUUGUAUGGAAUGUCGUUUUCAACGAAUUGAUCGAACAUUAAUAUCAAAAACUUCGGAAUCAAUACAACAAACAAAAACUCCAAUGAAAGAUCCAAUAGAAUCCAUAAUUGAAUUAACUUAUUUAUUAAAUUCACCACAAGAAAAUGAUAUAGAUGAAAAUAUUGAAAGUUUACUUGCAACAUUUAUUAAAAAUCCUGAAUCUGUUUUACAAGAUAUUGAUAUACAACGUUUACGCGCUAUUAUCUAUCGUGAUGUGGUAAGACAAAAUCGAAAUAAAACUGGCAAAAACGUUGUCAUUGUCGUGGACGAUACAAAACAAUCACAAUUUUUAGCUUUAUCUAUUGUUUAUUUUGCAUCGGUAUUAAUGGUAUCAAGAUAUCGAGAUAUUAUUGAAACAAAUCAAGCUUCUUUAUCACGGACAGCAUCAUUUAUGAGUACAACAACAAGCCUUCGAAAUAGUUCAAUAAUGGAUAGUACUGCUGAUACGGCUAGUGUAAAUGGUUUAAGUUCGAUUGUAGCGCCUAUUACUAAUAAUAAAAAAAAUUCGAAUGAACCAACAACACAUGAUGAUCGAAUAGAUACAGAAAAUGAGACAGAUAAUGCUGAUUCACAAUCAACUGAUCGAAAAUCUAUAGAUUUGAAUAGUGCAGGUACCGCAACUUCUCAAUACGCUAGUAUACCAAUAACUGAUCCAUCAACAGUUGAUCAACGUCGAAUGUCAGAAUCUAAACUACCAGAUUAUCCAAAAACAACUUUCGAUUCAAAUGAACCAUCAGCAAUGAAUAUAACUGAAAAAUUAGAACGAACAUUAUCAAAUAUAGCACCAUUUUUACGUGAUAUUUUUACUGAAUUUUCACAUAUUCUUACAAAAACAUUAGUUGGUUCACAUGGACAAGAAUUAAUACCUAAUGGUUUACAUGCUUUGAAAGAAACAGCAUCAGUUGUUGAACUUGUUAUGCUUUUAUGUUCACAAGAAUGGCAAAAUUCACUUCAAAAACAUGCUGGUUUAGCUUUUAUCGAACUUGUUAAUGAAGGUCGUGUACUUGCUCAUGCAAGUAAAGAUCAUGUUGUAAAAGUUGCUAAUGAAGCCGAUUUCAUUCUUAAUCGUAUGCGUGCCGAAGAUAUUCGAAAAGCUAGUGAAUUUGAACAAUUAUGUGGACAAACAACUUCUGAACGUAAAGAAGAAGAAGAAAUUUGUGAUCAUUUUAUAAUAUCAUCUCGUCAACGAUAUCUAACAAAUGCAUCACGUUUAAAAGAAAAAUUUUUAUCACAAAUGAUUAAUGAUAAAACAACAUAUUUAAAUAGUUCAAAUCCAUUUUGGAAAUUAGAUCCAUGGGAAGAUGAUUUAAGACGACGAAGACGUUUAAUAUAUAAUUCCAAUGGUACAUUACAUGAUGAAGCCAUAUCAAAUUCAUCAAUUAAUGAAAAUGAUGAUGAUAUAAUAACAACAUUGAAUAUAGAUGAAUAUUUAUUAAAACAAAUAAAACAAAAAGUACAAAAUUUUCUUCCAAAUAAUAAUGAUGAUGAUAAUAUCUCUCAAGUUGAUGAAAAAGAUAUUGAUCAAGAAUUUUCUGGUCCAAUACGUUAUUCAACUGAAUGUUCAUUAAUUUGUGGAAUUAUAUCUAUACAUGGAACUUUAGCUAUUACACAGAAUGCAAUGGUUUUUGAUACAAAUGAAGAAGAUGAAAAUUUUAAAAAUCUUGAUACUAAAAUACUUCCUUAUAUUGAUAAUCUUCAUGGAAAAUGGCAUUUUAAUGAAAUACGAGCGAUAUUUUCCAGACGAUAUCUCUUACAAGAUAAAGCAUUAGAAAUAUUUGUUUCAAAUAGAACAAGUGUUAUGUUUGCUUUUACUGAUCGUACUAUAGUUAAGAAAGUUGUUAAUUUUUUACCUCGAGUUGGUGUUGGUGGUCGUUAUGGAUUACCACAACAACGACGAACAUCAUUAGCAUCACCAAAACAAUUAUUUCGUUCGGCAAAUAUGACACAACGAUGGCAACGACGUGAAAUAUCUAAUUUUGAAUAUCUUAUGUAUCUCAAUACAAUUUCAGGUCGAAGUUAUCAAGAUUUAAAUCAAUAUCCAAUAUUUCCAUGGAUUAUAGCUGAUUAUGAAAGUGAAAAACUUGAUUUAAAUAAACCAGCAACUUAUCGAGAUUUAUCAAAACCUAUCGGAGCAUUAAAUCCUACGCGAAAAUCAUUUUUUGUUGAACGUUAUAAUAAUUGGGAAUCAGAUACAAUUCCAGCAUUUCAUUAUAGUACUCAUUAUUCAACAGCUGACUUUACACUUUAUUGGCUUAUUCGACUUGAACCAUUUACAACAUAUUAUUUAAAUUUACAUGAAAAUAAAUUUGAUCAUGCUAAUCGAACAUUUCAUUCUAUUCCUUUAUCAUGGCAAAAUUGUCAACGUGAUUCAUCCGAUGUUAAAGAAUUAAUUCCUGAACUUUUUUCUUUACCUGAAAUGUUAAAUAAUUGUAAUAAUUAUAACUUUGGACAAAAUGAUGAUGAACUUAAAAUUGAUAAUGUUAUUUUACCCAAAUGGGCUCAAACACCAGAAGAUUUUAUUCGAAUUAAUCGAGCUGCUCUUAAAUCAGAAUUUGUUUCUUCUCAUUUACAUCAAUGGAUUGAUUUAAUUUUUAGUUAUAAACAAAGAGGUUAUUCUAAAAUAUAUUGUGAUGUUUUUUGUAAUUUUAUAUUUGAUUUUGUAGGACCAGAAGCAAUACGAGCUAUAAAUGUUUUCUAUUAUUUAACAUAUGAAGGUGCAGUUAAUUUUGAUGCUAUUACAAAUUCAACAGAUCGUGCUACUAUUGAAGCACAAAUUAAAAAUUUUGGUCAAGCUCCAUCACAAAUUUUAACUGAACCACAUCCACCAAGAAACUCAGCAAUACCAUCAAAUCCAACAAUGCAUCAUGUUGCACCAGAAGAUGUAUCAAUGAUAAUGAAAUUUUCAUCAAAUGCACCAAUUAUUCAUGUUGCUGCGAAUACGAAUUCAACAAUUUCAACUCAGGUUGUAAUUACAAUUAGUAAUAAACAUGAUUUUUCAAUUAAUAAAUAUAAUCCAAAUGCUGGGGCAUCAACAUCAACUUACUCAGAGCCUCCACAGACAUUAACUGGUCAACAAGCACAAUUACCAUUAAGCAUGGAUUCACGUUUAGUGUUAAAUACAGGUUUACAUCGUCGUCAUCUUGGUGAUAAUUUUGAUGAAUGUAUUCAACGACGUCAUCAAAGUUUUGUUGUAACUGCCGAUAAUCGUUUUAUCAUAUCAACUGGUUAUUGUGAUAAAAGUUUUCGUGUACAAAAUACUGAUAUGGCUAGAACUACACAAGUACUUUAUGGACAUUUUGAUAUUGUUACAUGUACAUGUCGUUCGGAUAUAACUAUAGCAGGAAAUUGUUUUAUUGCAACAGGUUCACGAGAUUCUACUGUUUGUAUUUGGAUAUGGAAUGGAACAAAAGGAGCUGUUGUUGAUAAAGAAUAUCCAAAUCAAGAAAUAAAUCCAUCGCCAGCAGUUAUUUUAACUGGUCAUGAUACUGAAAUAGUAUGUUUAUGGAUAUCAGCCGAACUUGGUGUUGUUUCAAGUGGUAGUGAACAUGGUCUUGUACUUCAACAUACACUUCAAGGUGAUAUAUUACGUGCAUUUGAAAAUCCAUGUGGUAUAGCUUCACCACGUCUUUUAUCACCAUCAACUGAUGGUGAUAUUAUUGUUUGUUAUGAUCGAUCAAAAUUAUGUUUAUAUACAUUAAAUGGAAAAUUAAUGAGACAAGCUAUUUUUGAAGAAGAAACUAUUCAAAGUUUAAUAUUGAAUGCUGAUGGUCAAUAUACGGUUAUUGGAGGUGAUCGAGGUUUUGUACAAAUACUUCGUACACAUGAUUUACAACCGGUUUAUGCUUAUCCACAAUGUGAUGCAAGUAUUCGUUCAUUAGCUAUUACUCAUGAUCAAAAAUACAUCAUAGCUGGUCUUUCGACAGGUUGUUUAAUUGUUUUUAAUGUUAAUUUCAAUGUUCUUAAUCAAUCUCGACGUGAUCCAACAAUCACAAUUGCAAAUUCUACUAAACCAAUUCAAUAA